ACUUUCCUUCACUGCCUGUCGCCGCUGAAAAAUACAAAGUUAUCGACCUCACCUCAUUCGCCUUCGUCGCCGAAUAAUUUCAUAUCUUCUUGACAGCAGACGGCCGUCCACCCCACCAUUACGGUACCUCAUAGAACCUCGUCGGUUUUAUAUCUGGAGAUUGGUUGUCGAUGGCUCAACGAUCUUUUGACAACCGAGGCUAUAUGCCCAACGGCGCUCCCAGUGGCCAACCCGCUCCGGGCGCAGUUCCGCUACUACCUAAUCAAGGCCGCGUCGUCCAAUCCGGUCCGAUUCGAGUUCUCUGCAUAGCCGACGUGCGAGGAAACCUACGAUCGCUCAACGAACUUGCGAGAACGGCACGAGCGGACCAUAUCAUUCACACUGGAGAUUUCGGUUUCUAUGAUGACACAUCCUUAGAACGCAUUGCGGAAAAGACCUUGAAGCACGUCGCUCAGUACUCGCCGUUGAUAUCCGAGGAGGUCAAGAAGGCCAUCAGCCAAGGUGGACCCGGUUCCGUCAAAGCGCGAUUCUCACCUCAAGAACUACCGCUAUCCGAGCUUCCGCUACUCAUCUCUGGACAAGUUAAGCUCGAUGUACCGGUUUACACUGUCUGGGGUGCUUGCGAGGAUGUUCGCGUGCUCGAGAAAUUCCGAUCCGGCGAAUACAAGGUCCCAAACCUCCAUAUUAUCGACGAGGCUCGAUCCAUGUUGCUAGAGAUUGGCGGUGUCAAGCUGCGACUUCUUGGUCUUGGUGGUGCUGUUGUCAUGCACAAGCUAUUUGAUAAUGGCGAGGGCAGAACCACGAUCGCUGGUGGACAAGGUACAAUGUGGACUACAUUGUUACAAAUGGGUGAAUUGGUUGAUACCGCAAACCGCGUUUACGAUCCGACCGAAACCCGUAUUUUCAUCACACAUGCCUCUCCCGCCCGUGAGGGCAUUCUGAACCAGUUAUCUGUCAGUCUAAAAGCGGAUUUCUCCAUCUCAGCAGGUCUACAUUUCCGUUACGGCAGUUCCUACAACGAGUUCAGUGUGAAUCCAACUUUGGAUCACUACCGAGGUAAGCUCGCUGCUUCGAAGGCGUCAUUUAACGACGUUUGGGAGACGGUCAAAGGCGAAGUCGAGCCAGCAAUUCAGCAGAACGAGGCCCAGCAAAACCUCCUUCGAAAUGCGCUAGAGCUCGUCGAGAAAAUGCCUAGAACCGCGGCUGGUGGAAAUCCUUUCGGUGGUCCAGUUGGUGGACCUGGCGCUCAAGGACAGGUUGAUGAGAGUGCCUUCAAAAAUAUGUGGAAUUUCAACCUUGCAGAUGCUGCAUUCGGUUGGUUAGUGUUGGAGAUCCAAGACGGUCGCAUCGGUACGGAAAUGCGAGCUCAAGGAUUUAACUUCUCACACCGUGGUGCUAAGCAACAAGCUGCCGUGCCCCAAGGAACGCCUUCGCCAGCCCCUGGCACUAGUGGCUUACCUUCGGCACCACCCACUGCUCCCGCAACUUCUACUGGUCCUCAGAGGAACCCCUCAGCUACGGCACAACCCCCGAAGCCAGCGGCUGCGACUCCAUUACAACCUCCCAAACCCGCAACCCCCAAGCCGACCGCUUCAUCACCGGCCCCUAGUGCGGUUGCCGGUAAAGAGAACGAGAAGCCUGCGGGUACCAACGGAUCGGCUAAUGGACCAGAAACUGUACCGUCCCCUGCACCUCGUGCUUCUGCUGACAGCAUCAUUGGACUGUUCGUCAUGAACGUCCAAAGCGACGAGCAGACACGUGAGAUAUUCCCAGACGACCACAAGGCUAAGAUCGUCAAGAUCGAAAAGUGGGGAAAUAACAGUAACAACAAGGUUGUUCACUUCCAAACCGUGGAAGACCGAGAAGUUGCCUACGCUAGCCUGUCUGACGAUUUCAAAGUCAGACACUCAGAAGACCGAUCAAGACCCCUAGUCAAGAUCUUCCAACCUCGCGAGUCCAAGCAGGCCUUCGGGGGCAGAGGAGCCGGAACUUGGGGCAGUGGGCGAGGCCGAGACAAUGCUAGUGGAUACCGUAGCGCCGGUGACCGUGGUACUCUGAGCGGCGGUGAGAGUGGUCCCGAGACCAGCCGCCAACGUGGUGGUCGAGGUGGCGCACGAGGAGGCCGAGGUGAGCGUGGUGGUCGAGGCGGUCGAGGCGGCCGCGGAGGUGCAGGCAAGGGCGAAGGUGGUAGUGCUUCACCUGCUCCUACAGGUGAUUCUUAAACUGGUCGCCGAAAAUACGCUUCUACCUGUUACCAUAUUUUAUUAAUGAUCUCGCGCAACUCCGCGCGACCUUUUACUUGUAUUCUGGCACCUUUCCACAAAAAGAACUUUUCUGUCGUCAAACAGGUGGAGUUUAGAGAGUCUGCCGGCCUGCGAAGGAAGUUUCUUUUUGUUAAGGGGAAAAGGAAAUACCAGUUGCCUUCAUGUCAUAGCUGGGAGAAGAAAGGGGGGGAAAGGACCGAAAAAUGCAGGUUUUGUCUCCGCAAAACGGCCUACAGAGGGUUUGUUUUUUUUUCUCUUCUCGGUGGCCUGCGGAUGAGGAGGGCUAAGGGUUGUCUUUUCGUGCGGAUUGCAGGCCUCAAAACGGUUCGGUGUUUUUCUUGUACCAUUCUGAGACUCCCUGGACCGGACGGGAUCGGAUCAUUGAGAUAGGUUCUUGCUAAUACACCCGGAAUAAUCUGAUUUUCGCUGUUUUAAAUGUGCUAAUGUUGUGAUUAUGAUUGAUCACUAACGAUUGAAUAUAUGAUAAGGGUAGACCAUGUAGACGGAAUGGAGCUUUAACUGAUAUUCUCG